CGGACUACAGUGUAUCCCUUACCUUGUUAUCACGGCAGGCGCUAUUCUACCGCUUACGGGAGAUAGUUACCAACAGCUCGGGGGUAGUGUGGGCCAUGAAAGGAGUAUACGCCAGUGUCUCCGGUGCGCGCGUCCAGAGACAAGUUAAUGUGUACGGGAAACUCCAAAAGCUUAAAUCGCGGGCUCACGGCCCGAACACUGACAGCCAGUUCUCCGCUCGGACGGAAGUUAGAAGCUCAAUCUCUACAAUGUGCAAUUCCGGCGUCCUGUCGCGUCUCCGUUUGUGGCGUCUCUGCUGUGGAGUUUGGAUAUUCACUACGAGUGGAAUGGGUUCCCAAUGACGAAAUUCACAGUUUAUUCCAAGAAUGACUUUUAGCGGAAGGCAUAGGUUUUGGUCGCAUGUGGUCGCAUUACUCGAGUAUACAGCCGUCAGCCAAGUCUAUUAUCAAUUACCGGUACCUUAUCCUACGAUACCGCAAUAUCUGGCGAGAACCGGCAGGCGCUGGUGCUCUCAAAUGAGAUUUUUCAUCCCUGCUUUGUCUCCACAUCGCAGGGAAAUGCAAGAUCCUUACUCUUUAAAGCCGCCAUGAACAUUUCAUGCCCAUGGUUUUAGUGUAAUGCAAGUCUCACCUCAGCCGCUUCCCCUUUCAGGUAUCAUAAAAGCCUUUGCCGGCCCCCGGAAGUCAACCGAGACACUCCCGCGCCGGUAAAUGAGCCGAAAAUCUUUUAUCACGUGACAAUUUUCGAACCCUUGACCCUCUGAACCCCUGUGAUCAUAGCAUAAUGACAUCAUACCCUUUUUUUUCCAAUCGGCUAUUCCCGGGAGAUCGGCCCUAGCUCUACAGGUCAAAAGCUUGGCAAACCUUCCCACACAACUUCCUCACCUUCAUCCCCCCCACACACCAUCUCACCGAACGAAACCAAGCGCACCAGAAAGCAAGAAGGAGCAAAUGCCAUCCAUGUUUGAUCUCUCCGGAAAAACCGCCCUGGUCACCGGCGGAUCCCGCGGCAUCGGCCAAACGAUGGCUCUAGCACUGGCCGAAGCUGGGGCGGAUAUUAUUCUUGUUCAGGUACUCCAAUCUCCCCCCCACUCCAUCGGCCCAGUUUGUUAAUCGGUGGUGAAAAAAGCGGGACUCCAAAAACAUCUCUACAAAAGCACAAAUCGCCGCCAUGGGACGUGCUUGCACUAUCGUCAAUGCAGACCUAUCCUCUGACGCGGAAGUUAGCGCUUUGGUCCCGGGCCUGGUCGCAGACCCCUCAUCCCUCCCCAAUCAGCGGAUUGACAUCCUUCUAAACUGCGCCGGAAUCCAACGCCGUCACCCAUCCCACCAAUUCCCCACAAAGGACUUUCAAGCAGUCAUCCAGGUCAACCUGGCAACCGUGUUCACCAUCUGCCGUGACAUAGGGGCCUACUUCAUAGGCAACCAGAUACACGGGAGAAUCAUAAACGUGGCGUCCCUACUCUCAUUCCAAGGGGGACUUACUGUUUCCGCAUACGCUGCGAGCAAAGGUGCCGUCCUACAACUCACAAAGGCGCUCAGUAACGAGUGGGCUGGAAAAGGGAUUGGCGUCAAUGCGAUUGCUCCUGGGUAUAUUGCUACGGAGAUGAAUGAGGCAUUGAUGAAGGACGAAACAAGGAAUAGGCAGAUUAUGGAGAGGAUUCCCGCUGGGAGGUGGGGGCGUCCGGAGGACUUUAAGGGGCCCGUUGUGUUCUUGGCGAGUGAGAAGGCGAGUGGGUAUGUUAGCGGGGAGUGCCUGGUUGUUGAUGGUGGGUGGAUGGGGAGAUAGGUUAGAUCAAUAGAUUGACGGGCUUUUUGUGAGAUACAUCUCUACUCUAGAAUUAUUGGGGGUCAAUGUGGGGUGCAAUGCUGCGCCGCGGCGAUCCAGAGUAACGCAUUCAUCCCAUGGCCCAUAUGGAUAAUCAAUUGUUAUUUCGUGGUCCGCACUAAAUAUAGUACCCUGCAAAAGAUCACAAAUCUCCAGAUACAGGGAAACAGUGAACACUAAGAGGGGAUUUUGUGUUUCUCCCACCUAUCUAGUCAACGCGUCGAGAACUCCUCUUUUUAGCUUGCCUCGCGCCCCCGAGCUGCACCCUCCAGACGUCCCUAUUAUCCACUAGUCAAUCUCUCUACUUCUAAAGCAUAAUAACAUCUUGAAUUAAUGCCCAUUUCUACAG